AGGCAGCCAAGCCAGUCAGCCAGUCCCAGCAGUCGUGAGCUGACCGUGUCCGGACGAACGUCGUCUGUGCUGGAGUUGUUACCUUCCAGUCGGCAGGUGUUGAGGAAAUGCGGUGAUUUCCCUUAGACGUAGCGCCGCCCCCUCUCUCAAGGAUACUUCAUCAUCAGGGAUUGCAGUGUCUGUGUAGUGUGUGUGUGCGCCCAGUGCUCUCCAAGUGCAAGCCUGUGAGUGAGUUCGCCACCACCAUGCCGUGCUCCGCGGUUACCUUGUCGCUCGCCACCAUCACGGCCGUGAUCGCCGCGGCCCUCCUCUCCAUCGCCUUCGGCACGGACAACUGGCAGUACAUCGAAGUGAAGCGGGCGCAGAUACAGCAAUAUGCGGCCAAGCGCGGCGGUCAGGAGAGCCUCCUGGAGAACAUGAACACCAAGUACUUCUACUACACGCGGACCAAGGGGCUCUUCAGGAUCUGCUACCCCAAGGAGCGGCCACCAACCGUUGAAACCUACCUGAGCCCGGUGGAGACGCACUGCCACAACAUCGACUACUUCAUCCCCGACGUGGACAACCAGACCAAGCUGCUGUCCGAGGACGCCAUGACGCGCCUGCACAUGGGCCGCUCCAUGAUUGCCCUGUUCAUCGUCGCCUUCCUGAUGGUGUUCGUCGCCUUCUGGACGGGUGUCGCUGGCUGCUGGCGGCGCUCUCCGGGCAACAUCACAUCCACCGCCAUUCUCAUUCUUCUGGCCUGUCUAUUGAGUGCCGGUGCGAUGGGUCUCUGGCAUGGUGUGGAAUACUACGAGAAAGAAAAGGUUGUAGGGGAAGAGUACUAUCAACAGUGGAACAAUGUUCUUCGAAGUGAGACUCACAUGUGGUAUGACUGGUCCUACAUUUUGGCUUGGAUCGGAGUGGGAUUUUCACUCAUAUCCUCCACACUUUUCUUCUCUGCUGCUAACUGCCUUCGUUCAGAACGAGACUCAGAAAAAGCCAACAAUGUGCAGUACAUUAUGCCAGUGUACCCUCAAAAGCAACAGUAUGCCUACCCAGGAUACCCUGCACCACCUGCCGCUUAUCCUGGUCCUUAUUACCAUGGAUCUCAGUACGGCCCUUACAACUACUAACUUGUUGAAGAAAUUGUAGCCAAGCUGCAGAUUGUCUAACUUCAUGAAAGAUGGUGCUAUUGUCUGAUUUGUUGUAGCACCUGCUUUUUUUUUUUUUUGUUUAUUCAUUUUCUGUCAACUUGACCAGAGUCUAAAUUGGUCUACCGUCUGUGAUUUGACAUCUUCAGUACAUUUUAUAUAAAACCUUUUUUGUAGGUAGUUACGUAUUUGUCUCUGUGAAAAAUUGCCUGUUUUGACAGAUUUUGAAAGUACCUAAUCAUUUUUUCCGUCCUCUGUAUUUAUUCUGUAUAAGUCUUAACUAGAGGCCUUUGAGCAAAGAAGACAGUUAACUCUAGUUAAAUGCUCUCUUGAAUAUCGCGAGGGAAAAGUCUGCUCAACAAUAUCAAUAACAAAUGCAUAAUCUGUAAAUAUUUUUAAUAGAUAAGUUUUAUGAACUAUGUAGUAGUAUUUUGGAUUUUGUGAGAGAAAAAUUAAUAGAGUAGAAUUGCCAUUUUGUAUGAUUCCUUCAGAGAGCUGUUGCUGUGGUGACUAUCAAAUAUUUCAGUUUGGCUCAAAGUUUAAAAAUACAUACCUAUAUUAUGGGCGGCUCAAAUUACAACUUUAAAGUCAAUCAUUUUCUAAACAGCUUCUCAUUGGUUAGGUUAGGGCUUUUGACUUGUCUGCUCAUACAAAUUUAGGCUGCUGUAUUUAUUUUUUGCUCUCCUCUCAAAUUUCUUCCUGACUGAGUUACCAUAGGUCAGCUGAACUCAAGUGCAUUAUUAUGCUAAGUGCUAGUCCUAUCAUUGCUCUCAAUUCCAGAAUUUAUUUUUUUUAUAACCAGAGAAAGAGGAAACAUACCUUGUCCAACUGCAACUUGAAACUAUAAUUUUGUUCUGCAUUGAUUUUAUUUUUCUAAAAUUUUAUGAAAUUGAGUGAAAUGUUGACCCGAGUUGGUAUGAAUUAUGCUUGACUGGGAAUUUGAUGUUAGACAACACGCUACUGCUUAUUUAUUUAAUUUAAUGUAAACCUCAGUACAAUAUUUGGAAUUUACAAACUUCAUACCAUCGUUGUGUAGGGAAAAUACUGUUCUUUUUGUGAUUUGUUAAUUUUUGACUAAGAUGGUCCAAAGUAUCAACUUAAAAUAGGACUGUUUUAGAGAAUGCAGUGAUACUGACAUGAAUUAAAUCCUCUGUUCAGUAUUAUUUGUUAUGUAUGUUUUGGACCUUGAUUGCAUCAAUCAUUCUGUGAGUGCCAAGACAACAGGAAAUAUGUGUAGUGUUUCCUAUAAGCAUUUGAGCUAAAUGAACUUAAGUAUGAAUGUGUGUGCUGUGUGAAUGAGAUUUGUGUGUUGACUGUAUGUUAUGUAUGACUGAAUAUUUGUAAAUUUGUUGUGACUGCUGCCUCAAAUGAGCAUACUGCCUCAGAAUGUAAAAUAUUAUGUAAGAAUUGUGAUUAAAUCAAAUCUAACAGAUUUCUGAGGUGUUUGCCUAUUGUUCUCAUAGAUUGAAUGGCAAGUUGAUUAGAAUUUUAUGUAAUGAAUGGUAUGCAAGGAAUUGAUCUUGUAAGAUAAUUUUAAUCUAGUACAUUAAAUAUUUUUAAACUUUU